GUUACGGGUUAAUAUUUAGUUUUUUUUUUAACGAUUUAGCAAUGUUUUUGAGUUAAAAGAAGCGAACGUUUGAUAGAUUUAACUUAAAAUUCAGAGAAUAUAUUGAUUUUUCUACUCGAAGUUCAAUAAUGUGUUACGUCGAACAAAUUGCAGGAAAUAUCAAGUUAUUAGGGAAGGUAAAUGUCACCUGUAAACAUAUGUUCCUAUAUCUGUUAUUGAUUUCUUCUACAACAUUUUUCUUCUAUUUAUAUUAUCGAUCCAACGUUUUCUUUAACUAUUCGUUUGUAAAUCAAAUUAUGCCUAAUCCCGGAUUUCUAAUUCAUUCUAAAGAAUGUCAAAUACCGGACGUAAGUCCUUACGAUGCGACGAUUAAGCAUUUAGUUAAAGUUUAUGAAAAAUUAAGAUGCUCGACGCGAGAUCGACUUUCCACCUACACCCAAGGAAAUGUAUUAAUGCUGGAUAAAGAUAAUGAAAUUGUCUCGGAGAAUAUUUCGUGUUGCUACAGACCCUUCUAUCGUCCUCUUAUAGCGAAGAAUGAUAACGAAAUAAGGUAUUAUAACACUUGCGUACAGUUCGAUACAAGUGCCACUAUCCGGGAAGAAUUUAUAGCCGUAGAGUGUUCGAUAGGCAAAAAAGUAAUUUAUAAAAAUUUUCACAGUUUUAUUCACGACAAACCGAGAGUCGAAACCAGGUGCCAGAUGAUUAGGAACGUUCUAAAGAAAGAAGACUUUUACAGUGUUAUGAUCAUCGGGAUAGACUCUGUGUCGCGUUUAAAUAUGCACAGACAAUUGUCCAAGACUCUGGAUUAUCUGAAGAAGAAAAUGGAUGGCAUUGAAAUGUUUGGUUAUAACAAAGUAGGAGAGAACACGUUUCCAAAUUUGGUUCCUCUGCUAAGUGGAUAUCACGAAAAGGAGCUUAGUUUCUGCAAAAAGAAUGACAGAGGUGUCAUUGACGAGUGUCCAUCGCUAUGGAAGAAAUUUAAGGAGUUUGGUUAUAGAACCUUGUAUGCCGAGGACACUCCUCACAUUUCUACAUUUAAUUACGUUAAGCCGGGAUUUCGCAAACAGCCCACCGAUUAUUAUUUCCGUCCAUUCAUUUUGGAAGCGGAGAAACACAUCGGAUGGAAGAAAAGCGCAAAUUGUCAUCAAUGUGUUGGUUCCAUAUCGGAAACCGAAGCUGUUCUUUCCUGGUUGGAAUCAUUCGCCAGACAAUUCGAAAAUCGUUCUUACUUUUCCUUUGCCUGGAUCAACAGUUUGACUCACGACUUCCUCAAUUACGGCUCUUAUGGCGACAGUUAUUACGAAGAAUUUUUCCAAAGGUUACACCAAUCGGAAAAGCUGAAGAACACGGUGGUUAUCUUUAUGAGCGAUCACGGCAUGCGAUGGGGUUCUAUCAGGAAAACAUACAUUGGUAGAUUGGAAGAAAGGUUGCCCAUCCUCCUGAUAUCCUUCCCUCCUAGUUUUCGAUUAAAAUAUCCAAAAUUGGUGGAAAACGUCAGGAUUAACGCUUACAGAUUAACGACACCCUUCGAUUUAUUUGCGACGUUAAAUAAUUUAUUAAAUGCCAACGAAAGUUCCUUAGAUGCAAAAUACUGGUCCGUGCCUUCAAGAAUAGUGUCUAAGUAUGUACAAAGAGCUCACUCGUUAUUCACUCCCAUCUCAAAGAAUCGUAGUUGCAUCGAAGCGUCCAUUCAAGAACAUUUAUGCACUUGUCAGCAAUCGAGAAAAAUAUCCGUCGAUGAUAAAGAAGUGGUAGAUGUAGCGGAUUAUUUGUUGACGACGAUAAACUAUAAUUUGAGGGAUUACUCCGAUUGCGCUAGAUUAGUAAGGGACGAAAUUGUAAGCGCUCGAAUCCGUGCUCCUACCAAAUAUUUGAGAGCCACCAAGGAAUAUGACAUAUUUGAUUACUUAGUGGCGUUUAAGACCGUACCAGGAAACGGACUGUUCGAAGCAACUGUGAGAUUCGUACCUAAAAAUCACACUCACGUUCUUCUGGGUGAUAUAUCACGUGUGAAUAUGUACAAUAAUCAAUCAUCCUGUGUCCAGGAUGCUAACAUUAGAAAAUAUUGUUACUGUGAGUAAAUUAACACAAAAUUACUAAAGGGGGAUCGUAUGUGUAUCUGAAUUGAUACCUUUACUGUUACUCGACUCAUUAAAAGACUACCUUUUUAUCUAAGAAACUAUUUACAUAAACGUGCACCGUGUUACGUUUCUGUUAUCUGCUUGUUAAAGCUCUAAGACUUUUAUGAAAUUUACGGCGUAUUCUAUAUUUUUCUGAAUACCUGUACCGUUGGAAAAUGUAUAAAAUUCCCCAUAAAAGUAUAAUUAUUCUGUUGUUAUCUUUAAGAAAAUUUACAGUUUUUGCCACUAAUAAUAAUACAAUAUUAUUGAUUUACUUUUGUUAUCAAUAUUGUCUGGCGUGGUUUGAUGGGGACGAGGGCGAUCUACCAAAAAGAGGUAUAUGGGAAAACAAGCCUCUAUUUAGGUCAGGGGUGUCCAAUCCGCGGGCCGCGGGCCGCAUGCGGCCCAAGGCAAGUUCCAAUGCGGCCCAAUAAA